CACGGGUACUAGUAGUACUACCAUAUCAUGUGACGUGCAUGCGGCUGUGAUGCACACCAACCCAGCCAUGGCCAAGGCAGCUCCUCCUCUCCUCGCCGCCGGCAGCCGCACUGCCAUCACAGCGCAGCAGCCAUCGUCGAGGAAAGGCGCCGCUGGCACCGGUUUGUUCUGCAGUCGCGCCAUCGUCAGCAAGCGCACCAGGGUAACAGCGAAGCUCGGAGACGGAGAGCUGAAGCCUGCAGGCAAGCGGAAGUUCAUCACCAAGGAAGAGGAGCCAGAACAGUACUGGCAGACCGCGGGGGAGAGGGAGGGGGAGAACCCCAUGAUGACACCCCUGCCCUACAUCAUCAUCUUCGGCAUGUCCACCCCCUUCGUCAUCCUCGCCAUCGCCUUCGCCAAUGGCUGGAUCAAGGUCCCUGUGCGAUGACCGUAACGCGAUCAGCCAGCCUGGAUCAUAGAUGCUGACUCGUCAGCCUGCAUCUCAUCCAGCGUGUGUCCUGCGACUUUGUACCUUCAUAUAUAGAGACAAGAGUUCUUGCGUGUGAGCAUAAUUGCAUGAUCGCGUGGUGUAUGUAACCCGAAACUGUUUACCUUUUCGCAACAACUUCAAUCUUCACUCUUCA